AUGCAUUACCUGAAGGCGGCUCUCAAGGGAGAUGCCGCUCGUAUCAUAGCCAAUAUGGAGGUCAAUUCGGACAAUUAUGUGAUCGCGUGGAAAUCGAUUUGUGAAGGAUUUGACAAUCCUAACCUUCUUCGUAAGCAUCACUUCGCUUCACUUUUCGCAAUUGUUUCAGUGAAGAAAGCAUCCUCAUCACUAUUGUAUGAACUUGUUGAUGAUUUUGAUCAUCAUGUCGGUAUGCUAACGAAAAUGGAUACACCAGCUGAUUUGUGGGAUACAGUGUUAGUCGAAACAUUAAGCAAGCGUCUAGAUCCCGCUACUUUGAGAGAAUGGGAAAAUAGUUGCGAGGAGAACGUACGUCCUACUUACAACCAGUUGGUAGAAUUUAUACGCAAAACAUCUCGCGUUCUACAAUCGGUUAAAUUAUUACAAACACCGAUGCAAACCGUCGAAUCUAAACCCACAAAAUCCAAAUCGAUUUCCACUUACAUAGCAACUGAGGUUACAGUCAAAUGCCCGCUUUGUAAACAAGCGCAUCCUCUAUUCAAGUGCGAUCAAUUUAUUGGAAUGGAGGUGAAACAACGCUUUGAAAUGGUGAAGAAAAAUGGAUUGUGUCUUAACUGCCUGAAGGGAUCACACGUCGCGAAAAACUGCAGCAGUGGAAGCUGUAGAAGCUGCUCUAAAAAACAUCACACUCUUUUGCAUCUACCGCCACCUACCGUGGUUAACAAUCGACCGUCUCCCAUGGUGCUAGCUUGUUCAACGUCGACCAGUGAAGUAAUUCCCUCAGUGCAAUACCAAGAAACGUCGCAUCCAUCCGUAAUCGAACGGCAAUCGUUUUCUUCACCACCUCCGCGUUCGAUGCCGCCACUCCUCGGGUCUAAGCCGUCCGGUUCGGAAAACACGUACUCGUAUUCGGUCGUCGUUGCUCCCUCCCCGUCGCCGGUUGAGCCGUCCGUUUCGCUAUCGUCCGGCAACCAUCCCGCAUUGGAUUCUCAUCCUGUGGCCUCAAGUGUUGUCCCACAAGGCAGUACCGCCAGCACACGCUGCGAUGAAAUCUUCCUGUCCACAGUGGCGAUAAAGGUGAAGGAUGUCAACAAAAAUUACCACUACGCUCGCGGAGUUCUGGAUAGUUGUUCGCAAGCGAACUUUAUAUCCGAAGCUUUAGCACGAAAGCUGGAACUAAAACGUGAACGAACCAGUACCGAAGUAAGUGGUAUUGGCCAAGGAGUAGUCCAUAUUCGCUCGAAGGUUAUGAUUAAAAUCUCGUCUCGUUUCGGAGGCUUAGACUACGUUCUCGAAUGCCUCGUCAUACCGCAUAUCACCGUAACGCUUCCAAGCAAGCAUAUCGAUAUUUCUGGUUGGAAUAUUGCCCACAACGUCCCGCUCGCAGACCCGAAAUUCAAUAUCAGCUCUGGGGUCGACAUUCUAAUCGGAGGUGAAUUAUUCUAUUCGCUAUUGGAAGCACACAAGGUCAAUCUCUCUACCGGCUACCCGAUGCUUCAAAGGACAGCGUUUGGGUACGUUGUUGCAGGUCGUCUAUCCAAUACAUCGCGUAGUCCUUCAAUUUGUGUAAUCAGCAGUACUUCCUGCCUUGAUAGUAAGUUACAACGCUUUUGGGAAGUAGAAAAUUUCGACGGCUAUAAGGCGAUGACUCCGUUGGAAGAAGCAUGUGAAGAGCACUUCCGAAGAAAUGUGACCAGGACAAAGGAUGGUCGUUACAUGGUUCGACUUCCGGUACGGGAGGAAAUGCUUGCAAUGUUGGGCGAUUCGUUUGCGGUGGCAGAACGUAGAUUCUGGGCAAUUGAGCGGAAAUUUGAAUUAAACAGCCAAUUUAAGAACGCGUAUGUGAAGUUUAUGGAAGAGUAUGCAACACUAGGCCACAUGGAGUUGAGCCCGCGUAUCGAAAAUCCCCAGUUUGUCCUACCACACCAUGCCAUCUUUCGCCCUGAUAGUUCCACCACAAAAACGCGCGUCGUCUUUGACGCAACCUGUAGAGGCAGUUCCCAGUUGUCGUUAAACGAUAUAUUACUCGUUGGACCGAUCGUUCAGCCGCCUCUGCUCGCUAUCGUCCUCAACUGGAGGAUUCCUCGUUUCGUGUUCAAGGCAGAUGCAGAGAAAAUGUUUCGCCAAGUCUGGAUCCACCCAUUGGACCGAAAGUUUCUACAAGUACUAUGGCGAUCUAGCUCGGUGCAGCAAGUCCAGCGAUACCAACUUACCACAGUGACAUACGGGACUUCUUGUGCACCCUUCCUUGCAACUCGAGUGCUAAACCAACUGGCGAAAGACGAAGGGCACAGAUUUCCGCUUGGCGCCAAGAUUGUUCUGGAAGGCUUUUAUAUGGACGACGCGUUAUCCGGAGAAAACGAUUUAUUAACAGCAAUCGAAGCGUGCAAGCAGCUAGCAGAUCUUCUGAAGCUGGCUGGCUUCAAUUUAAGAAAAUGGAGCGCGAACGAUCCACGGAUUCUGGCACACUUGCCAGACGAUAUGCAGGAGUUAUCACCGGAAGCUGAAAUAGACGGUUCUGGAGUAGUGAAGACGCUAGGGCUUUUGUGGUCUCACGGGACUGAUCAAUUUGGCUUCAAAAUCCCCUCUCUUCCUCAGCUGAACAAGGUCACAAAGAGGGUGGUGGCCUCCGAAUUAGCGCAGUUAUUCAACCCGCUGGGACUAGUCGGGUCGGUGGUGAUGAGUGCGAAGAUCUUUAUUCAAAAGCUUUGGGCUAUUCAAAUUCCGUGGGAUGAAGAACUUCCUGAAAAUCUACGUGAUUGA